AUGGAGGGGGACGGGGCCAACGCCAGCGUCUACGAGUUUGCCCUGCAGGGCCCCUCCAACGCCAGCGCGCAGUUCACCGGGGUGCAGCUCGUCCAGUCCUUCAAACCCCUCAUCAUCCCCUGCUACGCCCUGGUCGUCCUCGUCGGCAUCUUCGGCAACUACCUGCUCCUCUACGUCAUCUGCAAGACCAAGAAGAUGCACAACGUCACCAACUUCUUCAUCGGGAACCUGGCGUUCUCCGACAUGCUGAUGUGCGCCACGUGCGUGCCCUUCACGCUGGCCUACGCCUUCAACCCCCGGGGCUGGGUUUUCGGGAAGUUUCUGUGCUAUUUUGUCUUCCUGAUGCAGCCCAUGACGGUCUACGUCUCCGUCUUCACGCUCACGGCCAUCGCGGUUGACAGGCGGGUGCCCCCCGCCGUCGCCCACACCUACCACGUGGAGUUUCGGCAGGAGGGCUUCGCCAUCUGCGAGGAGUUCUGGAUGGAGGAGGAGACGCAGCGCCUGGCCUACGCCUACGGCACCCUGAUCGUCACCUACAUCCUGCCCCUCUCCGCCGUCUCCCUCUCCUACAUCUGCAUCUCGGUGAAGCUGCGGAACCGCGUGGUGCCCGGCCACCCCACGCAGAGCCAAGCCGAGUUCGACCGCCUGAGGAAGAGGAAGAUCUUCCGCCUCAUCGUGCUGGUGGUGGCGGCCUUCGGCGUCUGCUGGCUCCCCAUCCACGUCUUCAACAUCAUCCGGGACGUCGACAUCAGCCUCAUCGACAAGCGCUACUUCCUGCUCCUCCAGCUGCUCUGCCACUGCUUCGCCAUGAGCUCCUCCUGCUGCAACCCCUUCCUCUACGCCUGGCUGCACGACCGCUUCCGCGGGGAGCUCCGCAAGAUGUUCGCCUGCAAGAGGAAGGUCGUCCCUUCCAGGAGCUGCGGGGCUGCCGGCGGCGUGCUCUGA